UUUUAUUUUAAAAUUGUAAAAGGCACACAUUCUAGAAUUCUGUAAUACAGAAUAUAAGACAAUAAUGGUUCAUGAUGAUGAUACUGGAAGUAUUGUUAAAUCUUUAUCAAAUUUAAAAUUUUUGCCAACUAUAAUGUUAUAUGAAGAUGUGAGAAUAACUCAAAAUAGUCAAAAUAUGACGAUAAAAAUUGAUGCAUUUAUCAUUGCAAAAAAAUCUCUUGAUCAGCUAGAAACUAUGAUUGAUAAAUUCAGUAAUACAUCUUGGUGGAAUGUUAUGACUUCGUAUUUUAUUUUGGAGACAUCAAAUAACCAAACUGAUGAUACAUUUGCGAUGUUUGAGUUUUUCAUUAAAAAAGAUAUUUUAACGACGUAUCUUAUUACUAUGAGUGGUGAUGUUUCAGUAAAUAUUGUUACAAUGAAUCCAUUUGCAAAGUGGGCACCUUCUUCUUGGAGCUUUUUCGGUACUCUUAGAACUCAGAGUUCUUUGUUUCUACGAUCAUUUGAUAAAGUGAAUAUAUGUGAAGGAUUUUAUUUCGAUCGUACACAACAUCUCAAUGGCCAUAAAAUAGAAUUGGCAAUAAAUACUCGUAUAUACCAUGCAAGAUACGUCUACAAUGAAAGCCAUAUUGACGGUUUAAUAGAAUUUGAUCAACGAUUGCAUUUAAAAGCUAUCCAAACAAUGUUGAAUGUCACUAUGAAAAUUUAUGUAUCUUCAUCACCACCAUAUUAUGGUUUAAUAAAAUCAGAGAAAUAUCUUCAUGAACAGACAAAUAUUAGUUUAGUAAUUUAUGGCACAUUUUCUAAAAAAAAUAAAUUUUUUGAUGAAACUUUUCCAUUUGCAUUCUUGCAAAUGCUUAUAGUAUCACAUAAUAGAGGCUACAAAACUCCAUUGGAGAAAAUCAAGGAUUAUUACGGACUUUGGACGUUAUUAUCAUUAUUCUUAGUUAUGCCUAUAACAUUUGUUGUGAUAAAAUUUAUUAAUAGUGACAAAAGCUUCAGUUUUGUUGCAUUUGAAAUGCUGCGUUUUCUUAUAAAUACAUCUAUUCAUACUAAAAUAGCAGCCACUUCACAUAAAAUAUUUUUUAGUAAUGUAAGCAAUGAAGGUAUGUACCUUGAGAAAAUUGGUAGGCAACAAAGUCAAAUUGUCUGUGGUAUGAGUAAAUUGAGGAAAAAGUACAAACACUGUAAACUAUAA